UACCUUUCAUUCUCAAUGUUUCAGAGUAUGCCUGCAGAUCCUUCGAUGUAACGGAAUUUUGUCAACAACACAAGCAAGGGAGCCGUAUUAGCCUCAACAUGGAUGCUAAAGAGAUUCUGGCAAGCAUAGCCACCAGACAUAACAUUUACAUGGAGCCAAACUACAAAAAACUGGAGAAUUACCUUUUCCCGCAACCGAGACCUGUCACGCUAGCAGACAGCCAUAGCCAUUGGGGAUAUCUGGCAGCUAGCUGGAAAGCCACCUAUAAGUUUCUCGGCGACCAGAUAUGUCACGCCAUUGAGCUCUCUCCAGCAAGACUCAGCGAGCGGGUCCCUUCAACCACAGACUGUGUGAGAAUGAGGUUUCCGCGGGAAAACUUCCAAGAUGCCUACCUGAUGUUAAAUGUUGGAUUACAUUACGACAUUAUCAAUACCUUGUUCCCACAUGCAGGACGAAAACUAGUUUCCAGUCUCCAAGCAGACCCGCCAGUAAGCCAUGACUGGUCUAAUACGCAUGCAUUUACGCAGCCAGAAUGGUUCGACAAUGCACAUUUCACAAUCAUUGGAGCUUCUGUUAAAGGUAUAUCCUUGAUUUUCUGCUCUGACAUCUGCGCUGCGAUUGAAAAGAGCAAUCUACGAGCAUGGGAAAAGGAAAACCUCCUCUCUGACACAACGGACUGCGUUACAAUGGAGGUAUAUCGUGGCAAGCCACACUACGGGAUAAUCCGCCUUAGACUUGCGUUUGUGGAGUCGUUUGACAUUAUGAAAACCCUAUUUGUGCCUGAGGUCGCAGAGUCCAUUCUUCCUGGACCUUGUUACGUAUAUACUUAG